CUUUGAUUCACACACAGACCGCUUCCACCUUCUAGUCAAGUACGUGACAGAUGCAUGCGCCGCAUACAACAGUUCACGGCCCCCACCAUUUACAUUCGAACUAGGGGUGGGCAUGCCGCUGUACACCACGGUCGCGAAAUGUCGAUUACCCAAGUUGCGAAGAGAGGCAUUAGCCCUUCUUCGACAAGCGCCACAGGUCCAAGGGUUCUUUAAAUGUGCGCCGUGGGCCACGCUAGCUGAAAAGGUCAUACAGCUGGAAGAAGACCAUGUCCCCAGCGUGCGGGUAAAGGCUCUCUCCUAUGGGACAAAUGUUGACCAUGCUAUGUCAGUGCAUGGGAAUAGGCACUCUGGAGAAUCUCGGGAGAUCUUCGUUUUUGGGGUGCUUAUGGAUGCUCCCCCCCGUUGUACAUGAGGUGGUGGAAGUUGAACCGUGUGAUUUAGGCGACAAGGUCGUCGCAGGAGAAGGAAUUGUUGCUAAGGAGCGGCAUCUCUAUGGCAUUGGUGUCAUCACAACGGUGAAUAUUGAUGCGAUCGAGGAGGUAUACUCGGAUGAUUAUGGUGUGGAGAGGGUGAAACUGCGCCAGAGGGCUGAGGAACAUUUUCUGUUGAUGUUUACACGUAAUGAGUGGUCACUGAGUGGUGAGAGGAGUAAGGCCAGAUAUUUUUUACUUAU